GUUCUCUCAGUUUCUAUUUAGUAUCCACAUCGAAUCGGUGGAUACGUGUUCGAUUUCCCUUAUUCAGUGUAAUACCCUUCGGGACGCAACUUUGAUUAUACUCUUCCACGUUCGUGAAGUAAAAGUUAACGAUUAAUUACGGUUAAGCUAAUCGUUUAACAAGAGACGAACGUAGGCCUGAGUUUAGUGAAACGUUUUUAUAUUUUAAUUUUUGCAUUUGAUUUUUGCAUUAAUUUAAUCACAAGUGCCAUUGUGUCUUGAUCCUUUCUUUGUUAUCUUAAAGAAAUUUCAUUGGUUUUAUGUUAUUUUUUUUUUUAAUAAAUAAUUUCAAAAUCAAUUCGUCGUCACAUCGAUUACAGUGAUCCUUCAUCUCAAGGAAAAUUAAGAUUAAAAGGAUGCAUAUCCGAGUGAUCGCUUUGAUAACUCUACUCCUCGUCGUUCAAGGCUGGUGCAAACCGCCCAAGGACAUCGAAGCUCUUGAGGAUUAUAACGACGAUGCACAAGCUGAAGAAAAUGAAGAUUAUUCUCAAACCGAGGACGAGGAUGAGAGUCCGGACACGAUGGAGGAACCACCGCAAAUUAUAUCACAACCAAUAAGCAAUACUGUUAGAGCUGGAACUACCGUUACUUUACCUUGUCUAACGGAAAAUGCAGAUUCCUUUGUGGUUAUUUGGAAAAAGGAUGACCAAUUUCUUUACUACGGACCUAAUCCUAUGACAGAAGAACCUAAAAGAAUACAAAGAUUAGCGAAUAACAGUUUGGUGAUACAUAACGCUACGAUGACCGACUCAUCUGACAAUUAUACAUGCAGUAUUACCAGCCGUAUACCUGUUAUGAUCACGCACAGAUUACACGUUGAACCAUCUAACGAUAGAUCACCAUCAAUGAUGAUGACAACUAUGACAACAACAUCGAUGAUAACUACAACGACAACUGCACCACAAAUGGUUUCUACGUCACCUUCGAUACCAUAUAUACACGUUAUACCUUCGAACAAAAUUGACGUGAAACAGGGUGAAACUGUCAAAUUUUCUUGUAUCCCAUUCCCCAAGUCCCAAUUUUUGCAAACGAAAAUGAAAUGGUAUCUCAAGAAUGAAAAAUUACAAAACAGUAGUCAUAUAAUGAUGAAUGGAAAUGAUAUUACAAUAUUUAAAGUUAAAAGACACGAUGCCGGAAUGUAUCAAUGUUUGGCUGAUAAUGGAAUGAAGAAUCCACCUAUGGCUGCCAUUCAUCUCAUCGUUCAAUACUCUCCAGAGAUUGUAGUGGAACGUGACAUUGUACACACGGGAGACGGCGUUGAGUCAGAAAUCACGUGUAUCGUUCACGCUCACCCACACGCGAACGUGACUUGGUCUAAAAAUCAGAAAGAAAUACCGAAGGGAGAAAACGGAAAGUUCUCGCAAGCGCAAAAUAAAUCAAAAUACUAUCUUAAGAUUAUGCGUACGAACGAACAGGAUUUCGGUGACUACGUUUGCCAUGCUAAGAACAAGUUUGGUCAAGCAAGCAGGACAAUCACUUUAACUGGAGCUCCAUCGCAAGCAAGUAUCUUCGAAGCGUUUGUGGCGGAUGACAACAAUGAUCUUGUUUUAAAGUGGCGUCUCGAAAGCUACUCUCCAAUUGCCCAAUACAAACUGAAAUAUCGUCGCAAAGGGGACGAACAAUGGCAAGAAAUUGAACCUCGUGUCAAAGAUGGCGAUGGAAUUACAUAUAUAGUAGAACAUGUUAUUGUUGGCCUUGAUGCUGGAAAUUACGAAGCAAUCCUCGAAGCUAGAAAUUCAUUUGGUUGGUCACCCCCAUCUAAACCUGUUUCUUUCAAAAAAGAAAACGUUGAAAAAGCAGAAGCAGCAAGUGUCGGUGGAUCGGCAGUUUCGAUCCGGCCAUUUUGGGCUUUCCCAGUGUCACUCCUAGUCGUUUGUGCCUUCAUAAAACUGUAAUUAACGAAACUGUUUAAACUACGUAGGUAAUUUACUGCAGCCAAAGCUACACCAGAAAACGUCGUGGUGCGAUUAAUAAUGUAAGGGAUGCCUUGGGAGAAGCUUCAUUAUUCAAAUACGCUUCCUGAAACAUCCGUUGUCUUCGUCGAACAACACUCUAUGCAGAAAAAAAAGAAAGCAAAAAAAAAAGAAAAAGCAAACCAGUAUUUGCAUUGAUUUGAAUGAAUGAGAAAUCUCCUCGGAAUGAAUUAAAUUCUUACAAGUGAUAUUUUUCGAGUGUUGUAUAAAUUAUUCUAACAUUACAAAAAAAAAAA